AUGACACCAAAUGAGCUGAAUUACACGCCAAUUGAAAAGUUGUGUUUGGCGCUAGUCUUCUCGAUUCAAAAGUUGAAGCACUACUUUCAAGCUCAUAGUGUUCACCUUAUUUCCAGAGCAAAUCCCAUUAAGUUUGUGAUGUCAAAACCAGUCCUCAGUGAUCGACUAGCAAGGUGGUACCUCCAGUUUCAACAAUUUGAGAUCACAUACAUCCCUCAAAAGGCUGUAAAAGGACAGGCAUUGGCGGACUUCUUGGCGGAUCACCCGAUACCUGAUGAUUGGGAGCUAACCGAUGAACUUCCUGACGAAGAUGCAAUGGUCGUUGAAAUUCAACCUCCGUGGAAAAUGUACUUUGAUGGUGCUUCACAACGUGAUGGAGCUGGUGCUGGUGUGGUGUUUGUUACUCCGCAAGGAGAAGUUCUACCAUACUCCUUUACUUUGACACAAUGUUGCUCCAACAAUGUCGCUGAAUAUCAAGCACUAAUACUUGGACUUGAAAUGGCAGUUGACAUGAAGCAGUUGCAGUUACAAGUAUUUGGUGACUCUCAGUUGGUGAUCAAUCAACUCCUGGGAAGUUAUGAAGUCAGGAAGCCUGAAUUACUCUCCUAUCAUGGUUAUGCUCAAAAUUUGAUAGGAUGGCUUGAUCAAACACAAGUGACUAUCUGCCAAAAAUGGGUAGUACCUCCACCAAAUGAGGAUGAAGGCGCGAAAAAUGAGCUUGAGCAUCUCGUAGCUGUUUCUGAAGCUGCAAAGGAAGACUGGCGACAACCCAUCAUUGACUACUUGAGUUAUGGGAUACUGCCAGAAGACUCAAGAAGAAGAACUGAAAUUCGUCGUCGUGCACCUCGAUUCCUUUACUACAAGGAUACUUUAUAUAGAAGAUCUUUUGAGGGAGUACUCUUGCGAUGUUUGGGGGAGGAUGAAGCAGUCCAAGCUUUGCAAGAAGCACAUUCGAAUUGCUUGGACUAUGCUCGAAGAUGCAAGGCUUGUCAGUUUCAUGCGAAUUUUAUACAUCAGCCGCCCGAAGCAUUACACCCGACCGUCGCAUCUUGGCCAUUUGACGCUUGGGGGUUGGACGUCGUUGGUCCGUUGCCGAAAUCUUCUGGUGGACACUUGUACAUCUUGGCUGCAACCGAUUACUUCUCAAAAUGGGCCGAAGCUGUCGCUCUUAAAGAAGUGAAGAAGGAGAAUGUUGCGAACUUCAUCCGAGUAAAUAUCAUCUACCGCUUCGGCAUUCCUCGUUACAUAAUAACGGACAAUGGCAAGCCAUUUGAUAACAAAUUGAUGAACAAGAUUUGUGAUCUCUUCGGUUUCAAGCAGUGUGAAUCUUCUAUGUAUCAUGCUGCCACGGUCUAG